AUCCGUGUUAAAUUAUACACUCACUUAAUUGAGACUAAAUUGGUUUUCUUUCUCCAAUUUCAGGUUGUCGGCUGUCAAGAUGGUACACUUGCCUGCUACAAUCUUGCUUUUAACACCGUCCAUGCGCUUUAUCGCGAGCGCUACGCGUUUCGUGAGAAUAUGUGCGACAUAAUCAUUCAGCAUUUAGUGUCCGGCCAGAAAGUGAGAAUAAAGUGCCGUGAUUUGGUGAAUAAAAUUGCCAUCUAUCGAAAUCGCUUGGCCGUGCAGUUGCCCGAGCGCGUUGUUUUAUAUGAACUAAGUUCAGCCGAGAAUCAGCCGAUGCAUUACAAAGUGAAGGAGAAAAUUGGCAAAAAAUUUGAUUGUAGUUUGCUCGUUGUAUGCGCUCAGCAUCUGGUCUUGUGUCAGGAGAAAAAGUUGCAAAGUCUGGACUUUUCGGGUAUGUUGCAACGAGAAUGGGUCCUGGAUAGUUUUAUUCGUUACAUCAAAGUUACUGGUGGGCCGCCGGGACGUGAAGGAUUGUUUUUGGGUUUGAAGAACGGGCAAGUGUGGCGCAUUUUUCUGGAUAAUUCCUUACCAAUGCUGAUUACAACUGUUCUAUCAUCGGUUCGAUGCUUGGAUUUAAAUUCUACUCGGACCAAAUUGGCGAUCGUCGAUGAUGCAGGUCGAUUGGUUGUGCGUGACUUGAUAAAUGAUGCAAUGCUAUACCAAGAUAGUGGAGUGAAUUCCGUUUCAUGGAAUACACAUUUGGAGUCGAUGCUUUGCUAUUCGCACACAACGGGCGGAAUUAGUGUUCGUGUUGGCACUUUGCCUCCACGUAGCCCACAGACGAUGCUCGGUGUUGUGGUUGGCCUGUGUGGCGCCACGGCAUUCUGCCUUCGCGGAAAUAUGAUGAACAAUGUAUCACUCUCUUUGGGCUCGACUAUGUGGCAAUUUAUCGAAGCAGGUCUAUUCGAAGAGGCUUAUCAGGUGGCAUGCUUAGGUGUAUCAUCGUCCGACUGGGAAGGAUUAGCUCACGCGGCUGUGGAUGCACUCCAGCUUACAGUAGCAAAGAAUGCAUAUGUUCGUGUACGGAAUUUGCCCUGGCUUCAACAUAUAAAUGAAAUCCGAGAACGUCAAAAACGCGGUGACGUACCCAAGGAAAUACUGCAAGCCGACAAUUUGGCGUUUGCUGGUAAAUUCAAAGAAGCAGCCAGAUUGUAUCAGAAGAAUGGAUACAGUAACAAAGCGCUGGCAAUGUACACCGAUUUGCGAAUGUUCGAUUUGGCUCAGGAAUUCUUGAAAGAGGGUGAUUCAUCGGAUCGACGAGAGCUGGUGCGAAAACGAGCUGAAUGGGCAUGUUCUGUUCAUGAGCCAAGAGCAGCUGCUGAACUGCUGUUGAGUGCCGGCGAACAUGAACGAGCCAUUGAAAUCGUUGCCGAACAAGGAUGGGCCGAUGUAUUGUACGACAUCGGUCGCCGAUUGAGCCAAAAUGAUCGAUCUGCACUGAAUUUGGUGGCAUCGAAUUUGAGAAAAUUAAAGUCGUUACCUUUGGCGGCUGAAAUCUACAGGAAACUCGGUGAAGAGGCUCAAGUGGUUCAGUUACAUGUUGAAUCACGCGAUUGGGCCGAAGCGUUUCGUUUGGCCGAGAAUUUGCCACAAGUCUUGCAAUCAGUACAUAGCCAACAUGCACAGUGGUUGGCCGAAUCGGAUGAAUUUAUUAAAGCGCAUGAGGCCUACAUUCUUGCUGGUCAACCGCAGGAAGCGAUUAGGCUUUUGAAUAGUUUAACCGAUUGCUCGAUUUCGGAAAAUCGCUUUUCGGAUGCGAGCUACUACAUGUGGUUGCGGGCAAGACAAUUUCUCAAGUCAUUGCCAAAACAUGAACCGAUCUCAAAUGAAGCAUUAGCCAAAUACGAAAGUUUACACCGACUUUCGACAAUUUACUACGCCUAUGCAACCAUUCACAACUAUUUGUCCGAACCAUUCACGAGCUACUCGGCACCAGCGCUAUUCAAUACCAGCCGCUAUGUCGUAAAUCAAAUUGGAGCAGACAAUGGAUUGCCACCAAAAGGAAUUGGCAUGUUUGCCGUUUUGUAUACAUUGGCCAAACAAGCGAAAGAGUUGAACUACAAAAAACUCAAUCUGCAAGUCAACAAUCGCAUCCAAAAGCUACGAGUUCCGUCAGCUUUGCAAGAACAAGUCGAUAUAAAUUACAUCGCAAGCCGUGCCUGCCCCGGUGGAUUCAAUGACCCCGAAGAUUCACUGCCGAUGUGCUACAAAUGCUCUAACUACAAUUCGCAUCUACGUGGAAAUCAAUGCCCAUCGUGCCAACAUCACUAUAUUUUCUCUUUUGUUUCAUUUGAAAUCUUACCGUUGGUGGAAUUCUCUCCCGAAGAUGAUAUCCCUGAGCAAGAAGUAGAGCGGCUUUUACUCGCACCGCCAAAGACCAAUAUCGAAUCCAUGGAUCCGUUUGUCGAUACAAUGAUCAAUGAAGAAGUAUCCGAUAUUUUACCAUUGACACUGGAUCGUGACGCUCUGCGCGCAUUGGACCCAACCACAGUGCUCAUUGCAAAGUGGCCAGCGCCACUGAAGACUAAGUAUUAUCGAAAUUUAAUGCCCGAAUGGCAAAUCAGUAUGUGCCCUGAGUGCUUACAGGUAUUUCACUCCGAAGACUUUGAACUACAGGUUUUACAAAAGGGCUACUGUCCAUUUUGUCGCACUUCUUCUGAGACUUUAUUGAAUUAAGCACCGUUUCACAUUGUGAUUGAAGCAAUGAAAUCCGUCCAAGAAACAAGUAUUAUUUUGUACAUUGAAAUAUAUAUUCGAAUCGUGAUUCACGUUGACACAAAUAAAGAAAAAAUGAGAACAAACAACAGAAAA